GUAGUCGUCGUUGUCACGGUAACAAAUAAUGGCGGACACAGGAUUGAUUCGAAGUUCUCGAAAGACUCCAACAAAGUUCGAUUUACAUGGCUACGAACCGGCUUUUGAACGUGACGGUACGCCGUCCUGCUUGACUUGGAGUGUAGAGGAUGUAGCUGAUUGGAUUGAUUAUCUUGGAUUCCCGCAGUAUCGGGGACCCUUUGCAGACAACUUGGUGAAUGGAAGACGCCUUAUUAACAUAGAUGCAUCAGCAAUGCCAAAUCUAGGAAUAACAGACUUUGAAGAUAUAAAAAUAAUUACAAAGAAAAUACGAGAAGCUUUAGGGGUUGAAGAACCAUACUGGAACAGAAGCAUAUCUCUAAAGCACAGAGAAACCUUGGGGCUGUACUUAGAAAGAAAAAGCAAAACAGGAACUGAUGCUGAUGCAUUAACAUUCGAGGACUUUAGGCAUGAACUGGAGAAAGAAGAAAGAUUUAAAAUGAAAAAUGCAAAACAACCAUCUUUCUUAAAAUGAAACAUUAGAAAACAAGGAUACUGUCAUUAAUUUUCAAGCAAAAAUGAAUCCACUCAUUGAUAUAAUUUGGAGUUUAACAAAAUAACUCAAAGAAUACUUCCAGUAACAGAGAAAUGAAGCCAAAUGAUUAUUCUUUUAUUUUGGAAUAUUUGAUUUCAGUUCAAAUGCACACAUCCUUAUAGAGAUAUGUUGUUAUACUCCUAAUUGUUUUAUGAAGGACAAGGAUAAACACAAUAUUUAGAGAGAUAAUUAUAUUUGUAGAAAAAACAUUGUAAAUACUGUAGCUUCAUCUAGAACACAAAAUGUUUCUUUCCUAAAUCGACUUCUGCAUAGUUCCAAAAUCUAAGUAUUCUUCAUAUAUUACUACUUUUUACAUUUCACAAUGAAAUUAAAGCAAUUUUGAAAUUACUAUCAUAAACCUACAGUAACUCUAAAGCCAUUUCUAGCAGUUUUCCUGAUAAACUUGUGUUGAUGAAGGACUUUUGCAGAAAGGAACUGAUUGUGUAAUAUAGUGUUGAAUACAGUCUUUUAUGCUAAUUUUA